AAGCAGCUUCAUGUUAGCCUCACCCUCCCAUUUUCUCUGCGAUUUAAAAGCUCUUCCUUUUUCUCUCUCUCUUCUAACCUCUUCCUCUUCCUCUUCCCUUUUGUAACGAAUCUAGCGAGAGAAGAGAGAGGCGAAUUUGUUGUUCGGAUCUUCUUCUUCUUUUUUUGAGAAGUCAAAUCGUUUCAAAGUUUGCUUCUGUGAAGUGAAAGGCAAAUAUGGCAAAGAAUGUUGGAAUUCUCGCCAUGGAUAUCUACUUCCCUCUUACCUGUAUUCAGCAGGAAGUAUUGGAGGCUCAUGAUGGUGCAAGUAAAGGGAAAUACACUAUCGGACUCGGGCAAGAUUGCAUGGCAUUUUGUACUGAGGUGGAAGAUGUCAUCUCAAUGAGCUUGACAGUGGUUACCUCCCUCCUUGAGAAAUAUGGAGUUGAUCCCAAACAAAUUGGUCGUCUGGAAGUAGGCAGUGAGACUGUAAUAGACAAGAGCAAGUCCAUUAAGACCUUCCUGAUGGGAAUCUUUGAGAAAUGUGGAAAUACUGACAUUGAAGGCGUUGACUCAACUAAUGCAUGCUAUGGGGGAACUGCAGCUUUAUUCAACUGUGUCAAUUGGGUUGAGAGCAGUUCAUGGGAUGGACGCUAUGGACUUGUUGUGUGCACUGACAGUGCGGUCUAUGCAGAAGGACCAGCCCGACCUACAGGAGGAGCAGCAGCUAUCGCCAUCCUAAUAGGACCUGAUGCUCCUAUUUCUUUUGAAAGCAAAGUUAGGGGGUCUCAUAUGGCUCAUGUCUAUGAUUUUUACAAGCCAAACCUUGCUAGUGAAUAUCCGGUUGUUGAUGGCAAGCUUUCUCAAACAUGCUAUCUCAUGGCUCUUGAUUCUUGCUACAAACAAAUGUGUAACAAGUAUGAGAAACUGGAAGGGAAACAAUUUUCUCUUUCUGAUGCUGACUAUUUUGUUUUUCACUCUCCAUAUAACAAGCUUGUACAAAAAAGUUUUGCUCGUUUGUUGUAUGAUGACUUCUUGAGAAAUGCCAGCUCCAUUGAUGAGGCUGCCAAAGAAAAGUUGGGACCAUUUUCGACCUUAUCUGGUGACGAAAGCUACAAGAGCCGGGAUCUUGAAAAGGUAACCCAGCAACUUGCGAAGUCCCUAUACGAUGCAAAGGUGCAGCCAACCACUUUGCUACCAAAGCAAGUUGGCAACAUGUACACUGCAUCUCUCUAUGCAGCUUUUGCAUCCCUUAUUCACAAUAAGAAUAGUGCAUUGGCGGGCAAGCGAGUGAUACUGUUCUCAUAUGGGAGUGGCUCAAGUGCUACAAUGUUUUCAUUGCAACUCCGUGAAGGUCAACAUCCCUUUAGCUUGUCAAACAUUGCCAAUGUGAUGGAUGUUGCAAGGAAGUUGAAGUCAAGGCACGAGUUCCCACCAGACAAAUUUGUCGAAACAAUGCACCUCAUGGAGCACAGGUAUGGAGCUAAGGACUUUGUGACAAGCAAGGACAUUAGCCUCUUAUCUCCAGGCACAUACUAUCUUACUGAAGUUGACUCCAUGUAUCGGAGAUUCUAUGCAAAGAAGGACGGGGAUAGUACAACUGGCACCCCCUGUGAGAAUGGUUCUCUUGUUAAUGGUCAGUGAGAUGAACAUAAUACAGCAUGUAGCCAAGAAGUUGGCUUUUGUGUUCUUAAUUCUUAGUUGUUAUGUGUUCUUUACUUAGUUGUUAGAAGUAAGAACAUCGUUCCGUAAGUUUGUAUUCUAAAGAAAUUAGUGUGUUGAGUAGCAAGUGUUGUAAGGUUAAUUUAUUUUUCCUCUUCCUUUUCCCCAUUUUCAUUGAAGGUUAUCUCAAUAAUCAUUACCUUCAUUCAAACCAAAAUGUCUUCUCCCUGGAUAAUGAAAAUGUAACAAAUGCUGAAGAUGAUAAUCAUCUUUUCACCUUCUCAAA